AUCAGUUGGUUCAUUACUGUGCUGGUGUAUUCCGAAGGACGUCAUCAUGAUGCGGAUAUGAUGUUACCAAAUGAGCGGACUUCUCUAGAUGAUUGCUCCUCUCGUUUUCAUCAACUGGUACCAUCAUUAAAAGCAGCUCCAGCUUCUGGAGCACUUGCAUUGAUAAAGGAAUUUGCUCACAUGGGAGCUAUAGGUUGGACUCAAUCGGAUGGUAGCGUCCUGUGGCAUUGUGGAGGAACGUUGAUUUGGGUGGACUAUGUUAUAACCGCUGCGCAUUGUGUCGUUGAUGACAGAAAUGUGCGCCCCGAUACUGUCCGGUUUGGCGAUUUGAAUCUUGAAAGUGAUAGUGAUAACGAGUAUGCUCAACAACUGAAAAUUACCGAAAUACGCAGGCAUCCGUUGCAUCGAUUUGGAGUAAAGUACCACGACAUUGCUUUGAUGAAAUUGGAAAGACCAGUUAGGUUACAUGAUACCGUUUGUCCAGCAUGCCUUUGGAUUAACGAUGAAAUUAGGUUCACAGAGCUCGUCGCUACAGGUUGGGGCAGCACCGGUUAUUUGGAAACCCACACACCCGCACUAUUGAAAGUCUCUUUAAAACCAAUGAAGACCGAACAAUGUGAAGCAUUCUACUCAAAAGAGUUAGUGCGUGGAUUGAAAUCAGGACUUCAUGAAAACCACCUAUGUGCAUUCGAUGAAAAGAUGGACACCUGUGAAGGUGAUUCGGGUGGCCCACUGCAAAUCAAAUUAUUGCAUCACCGUCGACUCACUCCGUUUGUAGUGGCAGUCACAUCUUUUGGGCUACCCUGUGGCCAAUCAAAGCCUGGAGUUUAUACCAAGAUAGCACCCUAUCAAGACUGGAUUCUAGCAACUAUGCGAAACACUGGUGCUAUGGUUGAAGAUGAUAUAUUUAACGCCACAUUCUGCGCAUUGCGCUACGAUAAGUUUCGAGAAGACUUGUACUCGUCACCUUUCAACCAAACCCAUGUAAGCGUAUUUCCUAAAAAGGAGCACAUUUAUAGCCAUGUACACCCAUCAUACAUCGCCAAGCUUAUGUGGGCUGGUAACGAUGGACCUCAGCAUUGUUACGGUGUGAUUGUCGAUGAAAAUACUAUACUAACGGUAGCUGAUUGCAUCCAGUAUAAAGGAGUUCCGGUUUCUUACAUAUCGCAUCCAGAAGGAAUGAUCAAUGUUGCAAAGAUCCAUGUGCAUCCUAGGUAUGUGCCUGGAUCCGGUUACAACAACAUCGCUAUUAUGCGCUUGGAAAAAUUGCUUAGCUUUAUCAAAAUUCGGCCAGCAUGUAUUAAAACAUCGAUACGGGAACCUGACACCGUAUUCGGUGUCGGUCGGAAGGAUUUGUAUAAUUGCAAUCAGUUCCCCGAUUGUAUAGACCCAUCAUUGCUAUCGCUGGAGGUUUAUGUUAAAGUGAAAAACACAACCAGCUGCCUGAUACCUCAAGAGUUUAGAGCACGAUUUCAAGAUGGAAUCGCCAGUGAUCUUAUCUGUGCUGGGACUGACCGUUUCCUGGUGCCUGGUGCAUGUGAACUGAAGAUAGGAAGCUCCAUAUCGUCGGUUGAUAAGGUUUUUACCCACCAUCUUCAGAUUCCUGAGGGAGAUCAAGUAGUUGAUGGUGAUAUCUAUCCACCAUUAGAUGGGUUGGUACAGAUUGGGCGUGACUGUGGCUAUGGUGAGCAUCUGAUCGCAACACGGCCGCAAAGUCAUCUUAAAUGGAUGGAGCGUAUAUUACUUCCAAAACCUGUCGGGGCAGAUUCAGUUCAAUUUUUGGACUCUAUCCGCAGUGAGGGUGAUUUGUGCGAGGAUGAAUAUGGAUUGCCUGGGCGCUGUGCAUCCAUUUCAAGGUGCCAACGAAAAUGGAAGCAGUACGGCUUUACCGGAUUGGCGAACUUCUGUUCCUCUAGCUCGGUGAUCUGCUGCCCAAAUGAAGAAAUCGAUAAGGAUGGCUGGAAUAGCAAGCAUGCUAUGCUGGAAAAAUGCUCCAAACUCGUAAAUGUGCUGCUUCCGGAAAAUUCAAAUGGACCGAUGGUUAAAAUAUUGGACAACUCAUCCCAGUACCUUUGCAUGGGUGCUAUCGUGACUGAUAAGACUAUUCUUACUUCCGCCAGCUGUCUUGGUAGUAGAACAUCAAUCACUGUGCAACCGGUUGGAGAUCGAAUUAAAAACAUACAUCAUGUAGACAAAGUUAUUAAACAUUACGCCUACAACACAACCGAUUACAGUAGCGAUAUCGCUUUGCUACGCUUGACGGAACCAUUACAUUGGAGCCCACGUCUACACCCAUUCUGUUUAUGGACCAACAGAACGCACUCACCACUGAUAGUUGAAAUGAUGCAUCCAAUCGAUACCAAUGACACUAAUAUUAAAUUCAAAGAAGUGCUUACCAUGUACAACUCUGACUGUCAAAGGACACAUCAUCAUAGAGUGCGUGAUUCUCAUAUUUGUGUAAAAUAUCCCUACUGGAAGUUUACCUGCCAUCGAUCACACAGUAUUCUUAGAUGGGAAGAUUUCGAUGGAGUUCCCUACAUAGUUGGACUGUCUACGGAUACUAGAGAAUGUGAGAGCUGGUAUUACAUGACGUUUUCCCGCACAUCGGCUUUUGUCGGCUGGAUUGUGGAUAAUAUAGACGAAGACGAAAUCAGACGGUCGUUUAAGUAACGAUUAUAGAAUUUAUCUGAUUUAGGUACCGUUGAUGCAUUCCAUUAGUCGAAAUGUUGCUGUUAGGUGAAAAAUCACGU